UCAAAGUACCAACAAAUGCAAGAGAAAAAAUCGAACUAGCAGAAAUCAACAAAAAAUCGAACUAGCAGAAAUCAACAAAAAAUCGAACUAGCAGAAAUCAACAAACUCAUCAGAAAAAAGCAACGAGAAGAUCUGAGAAAAUUUCGCACGGCGGCUGCCCUUGAAGUCAUCCGACAAGGGAAAGGUUUCAAAAUGGCGAAAAGAAAACUGAACAGAGGUAGGCUCCAACUAACAGGCGUACGUGAAGAAGACGGCACCCUUACAACAGAUCGUGAACGGGUUGUGUCCAGAGCACAAGAGUUCUACGAAAAGCUGUACUCAUCAACACGCCCAGAGCCUCCACCACCACCACCAACAGAACAAAAACCAGCCCCCGAAGAACCUGAGAUACAACAGAGGUUUCACGAAUUCCCUGAUAUCAAAGACUGGGAGGUAAAACUAGCAGUUAAACAAUCCAAAAAAGGAAAGGCACCAGGGCCGGACAACAUCACCAUCGAUCUGAUCGAAGCGGCUGGAGACGUAGUCUAUGACAAACUCGCUACCU